UUCUCGAACGAGUGGCGCGUGCCGAAAUUCUCGUGAGCCUCUACAAAUGUCCACCUACAGUCUGCGGCCCAGUAGCAAGCAGCGAAACUACCGCGAAAUGGCGCAAAUCGUGGACGCCGUGGUAAAGCACAAAGUGGCGCGUUUCCGCGACCGCUGCAAACCUCCGAUAUCCGAGGACAUUUACGAUGAGAUACUGCUCCUUAUGGAGGAGAAACUCGAAAGCGGCAAGGUGUCCAGUCUGCUGACAGUCAGCGAGAAGGCCAGGAAGUACUGGAGAACGCACGGCCGAGAGUUUGUGGACUUGGUCGACCUCCAAGAACAGCUGGGCCGUCCUUCCAAGGGCAUUCUGCUCAAGAAUGGUCGGGCACUGCUGUCUGAGUCGCUGGCCGAGGAGCUGGUCGUGCGGUACGUGGCCGAGCGGGGACCCCAGACUGUGCAGCGUGACAUGCAGUCCCUGUUCGAGCUGCCCCUGCCCCUGAUUCAGGCGCACGUGCAGCGGUCGGCCAACGUGCGUCUGGCCAAGGACCGCCGCUACAUGCGGCUCAAGUUUGAAGAGCGCAUGAGCGAGCUGCGACAGAACGUGCUGGCAGAGGCCACCGCGGCUACCACUGUCUCGUCCGAGGCUAACGGCUUGCCUUCGAACGGCCCAGUUGGGACAGCAGGUGGUGUUGCCAUGACGACGCCGGCCCCGGCCGACCUGCCCGUGCUUUUGAUCAAGCCGAUGCCCAAGCGUAAGGCGAAGCCCAAGAGCCACGAGCAGAAGAUGCGCGAUGCAGUUGCGGCAGCCCGUCCCGUUGUGGCAGCACAGGUGUCGCCCCCCAUCACAUCCUGGGAGGAGCACCCUCGGAACUUGAUACCCGAGCUGUGCCGCCAGUUCUACGACCUGGGGUGGGUCACCGGCACAGGUGGUGGCAUCAGCAUCCGGCAUGGGCAUGAGAUCUACAUUGCCCCUUCUGGGGUUCAGAAGGAGCGGAUAGCCGCGGAGGACCUGUUUGUGCAGGACAUGGAGGAGCGGUUCCUGUCGGGGCCUCCUCCGCACAAGAAGCUGCGCAAGAGCGAGUGCACGCCCCUCUUCAUGAACGCCUUCACGCUGCGCGGUGCGGGGGCAGUGAUUCACACUCACUCCAAGGCGGCUGUUCUGGCAACCCUCCUCUACCCAGGCACCGAGUUCCGAAUCACCCACCAGGAAAUGAUCAAGGGCAUCAAGAGAGGCCAGUCUGGCAUCAGCUACCGCUACGACGAAGAACUGGUAGUACCCAUCAUCGAGAACACGCCUUUCGAGCGGGACCUCAAGGCGAGCAUGCGGGAAGCCAUGGAGCGGUAUCCGGACACCUGCGCGGUGCUGGUUCGCAGGCACGGUGUCUACGUCUGGGGUGACUCCUGGCAGCGUGCCAAGACCAUGUGCGAGUGCUACGACUACCUAUUCGACAUGGCUGUCCAGAUGAAACGACUCGGCAUGGACCCAGCGCUUCCUCCGCCGGCGCAGCAGAGUGCCGCAGCCGCCACAACGCUCGCCGAAGCAGUGCAGGUUGCGACAACAGACGAAGCAGAAGCAGCGCCCGUGGACCCGCCUACCACCCUGACCACACUAUCUGGCGAGUUGGCCGAUGCCCCAGGAUUCACGCUCAACCCAAACGGUCCAGUUCCGACAGAGGGCCAAACCACCUACGUCGUCUACAUGUGAGCCCCGGACUACAGCAAGUGCCUUUAGGAAUGCCCCAUCUAGUUGGAAGACCACACUGUGAACUGCGUGACGACGCGCUUCAGUUACUUCAAGGCUGAGAAAGGAGCUGGCAAGGGUCCCUGAUGAACGCAGUCUCAAGGUUCAUACUGUUCUUCAUGUCACCCUUGAAGCAGAGAAAGGGAAUGCCUUGUAGGGGUAGUACUGAUUAGAUGCUGCGAUAUGCAUUUCCUCAAUCGGAUGACAGUGUAUAUAAUACUAGUAAGAGAUAGAUGUGCCGAUCUUUCCUGUGUUACUUUUAUCACGAACAAGGAUUUCGUACCUUAGAAUAUUGUGUCAAUCGAAGAUGGGAAUGGCACCACCACGUGCGAGAUCUCUGUGGCAUGUACAUAUUUUGCAGUCAUGAACUGGUAGCUCAAACGCAUUGAGGACCACCAGAUGUCAUGUAAUUGGGUGCCUCGUCUGGUGAAGAGUAAGUUACUUUGUUUCACAAAUGGCCAGCAACGCUUCUUGGUGCACUGCUGUGCACUGUUGUGCUCCCAUAUGCUCAUUUCGAGAGUUGUCGUGCUGUCGUUACAAAUAGAAGAAAGUACGCUGAUUGUAUUCACCGAAGCUCGGUCCCCAGGCAGCGUAAGCAGACAUUGGUCGCCCUUUAGUAUAGAGAUGUUCAUGGGUUUUGUCAGAACAGGUUAUUGUCUGGGCUUCCCUCCUUCAAAGGGGCCCUGCAACAAUUUUUGAACAUAAUUGGAAAACAUUGAAGAUCUAUAGUCAAGGCUCUUGCGAACAUGUGAUCCAUGCAUUAUUACACUGCAUACAGCAGGGAAUUGACAGCAUAAUGAUGCUGGAAAGCUCUCUCCUGACGCUGUUGUUAAUGCAAUAAUUAUGAAUGAUCAUGUAGAACAAUUUGCUUGACAUGUUCAAAAGUUGAGCACUUUUCACAUGCUGUGACAGCGUUCUGAAGACGAAAAGGAAAGAGUAAUAUUAUCUACAUUUGAUAUAUAUCUCCUGGCUGACUUAUUAUUUUCGAUCUAUGGUGCAAACGGUCACCCAUUACACGCUAAAGUUUUCACGUUUGCUGCUGAGCUUGCUUUAUAAAGUCAGUGGUGCCAGCUUUUAAAUCAUCUUAGUGAGCUAUUCGAACAGGUAAAGUCUCAAGUUUUGAACCUGGCGGCGAAUAGUAUGUGUGGUCUGUUGCAUAGAUACGUUUUAUGAAGUCUUUUUGUGUAGUUUUAUCCUGCUGGAACAUUCUCUGUGCAGUCUAAUGACACAAUUUGUUCUCUCUGCUAUUUUUAAAUAAGAUGGAACUCCAUGUUUCAGCACUAACAUCCAAGAGUUCCUGUAAACAUUUGGUCUCACUGGACUGCUUAAGGAAUGGUCCUUGAUAGUAUUCUUGACUACAGCUGGAUUUGUAGCUGUGUAAUAUAUGGCAAUGCCCUGUCAUUUCAUUGAGCAUGUUGGGUUGAAGCAAGUUUCAAGUGCAUGCCUGAUAUGGCACUUGUACCUGCCAGAGGAUAUGAAGUCUUCCAGUCCAUUAUAUUUGUGUGUUUUAUAGUGAAUCAACCUCUAUGUGAACAUUGUUGUUCUUUAUCUCUGUCAAAGCAAUGUCUGUGCUCUUUUGAUUAUUUUUGAACUAUCGCAUUGAUGUAUGCAGGAUUUGGGCACAUGUCUUGUUCCUAGAUUUCUUUCUUUAUCAAAGCACCAUUACUGCCAAAACUUUGCCUAGAUUUCGAAGAAACCGACAUUCAGAGUUUUGUGCACGACCGGUCACAGUGCAAAGCUCACUGAAGUCAUCUGUGGAAUCAAUGGCCUACAGCAUUACUCAAGGAAAGUAAGCCAUUAAGAUAGUUAUUAGGGGUGUGCGAAUGUUGAAAUUUUCGAUUAUAAAUUAAAUACGAGAAAGGCAAAACACUGUCUUCGAAUAUUGAAUGUGUCAUCAUCAAUCAUCGUCAGCCUAUCUUAUGUCCACUGCAGGACGAAGGCCUCUCCCAGUGAUGUCCAAAUCACCUUGUCCUAUGAGAGCUGAUUCCAUUUUAUGUCUACAAAUUUCUUAAUUUCGUCACUCCUUCAAACCUUUUCCUUUUUGGUCAUGUGCGCAUUGUGAAAAAGAUGCAACGCAAGAAGUUACGAUAGCUUUCAUUACUCUCUUAAAACAAAUCAAUGAAGUGGCAGAUCGUUAUUCUGCAGCAAGUUGAAGACACUUUUCUUAAUGCACUAAUUACGAAUUAACAAAUUUUGCUUGAAAUAUUCAAAGUUAAGCACUAUUCAUAUGCUGUAAGAACAUGUCUGAAAAUGAAUAACACUUUCUUGUUUAUGCAAUGGGAGGCUGACACAUUGCUGUUUUUUUUCCAAGCAUCUAGACAUUGUUUAGGUAACAUUCUUGAUCGUUACCUUAUUGAAUCUUUUUGUAGAAUGUGAAAGUACAACAUAUGCUGUGUAAGAGACCUGCGGAAUAAAGCUUAGUGAAAGAAAUCACAGUUUCGUCACAAGGGCAAACCAAUGAAUGUGAUGGCAACAAAUUGGAACGUUAUACUAAGUAAAGCUAGCAGUUAACUCCGUUACGAUCCAAUUUCGCAUAAUUUUACAAAAUGCUGGCAUAAGGGAAUAUGGCCACUCCAGGAAGCGAAGUGAUUUUUGUGCCGUCUGUUGCCUCAAUGGGAAGCAAGCGCUGAGAGCACAGCACGUACUAGGGUAGGAACCAUCUAGAGAUGUCUGUUGAGACAGCACGAACGACUGUGCCUUUUUCAUCAAAGUUUGCUGCUGCUGCCUGAGCGAUGUAGCCCUCACCGACACCCCUUCAUGCUCCUUCGCCCGACAGAGCCAGCCAUCAUAUUUCAUCUCAGCUUGAGCCUUGCCCAUCUGCAGCCUUUGCAAGCGUUUGCUCACACAUAGAACUUAAUGUUAUGGAUUUGGAGUUCAUGUAUAAUGUGGCAGCAAUCGCAAAAAUACUUCUCGAGUGUCUAUAGAAUUGCUAUCGCAAUAAAAGAAGCCACCCAUGUCGCCUGCACACUGGUCAAGUGAAACAUAGCAUGAAGGAAAUGCGCUUGUUACACAUAAUUUUCCUGGGAUUACAGUAAAACAUUGUCCAUUGCCGGGAAGGCAGUAUUACUAUGCACUGAACGAUCGUAUGCUGUAGUCACAAAGUAUGAUGCAUGCCGUAAUGGCCACGUAAUAGUGAUGUUUUGCAUUAAAAAUAAUGUGUGGCAUUUGUAAGUCUUCACUUGUUUGAAUAUUCGAGUUCGUCCAAGUAUUCAAGUGUGUAUUAUGCUGUGGCUGAAUGUUUGGGAAAAUAUGAAUAGGCAUUUUUCAAUUAGAAAAUGCUUCGAAUAAAGAAUACAUUGGAUUCGUAUUCAAAAUUUUGAAUAUUCGCACACCCUUAUCAGUUAAGGGGUAACAGAUUCACAUGCGGUGGUUUUGCACAAGUGAUAGAAUACAUAGUACAAUUUCAAAGUUGACAAACUUAUUUUUUAUUGUGCUGAUCGUGCUUGUUCCACUUUGUUUAGUUGGACUGCCUGGCAUAUCGGUUGUCUAUCAGUUGUCUCUUUCUUUAGUUAUGGAGGGUCCGUUCAGUUCACUGCUUUUGAAAAUUAUCGUGUUGGUCAAUUCAGGAAGCACGAAAUUGAGCUGAAGGCCUCUUUUCACACACCCUUUCACAUUUUUUUCUUUUUUUUUUCUGCUUUCUUAAGCUGGGAAAAUGUCUUGAAUUAUGUUCGAUGCUGUUGCCCAAUCCGGCUAAACUUAACUUUGUCUUUGGCAAACGUGACUUUGGUAUGCAAUGUUUUUGAGGCAGGGAAAUAAUCAUUGCAACUUCAGAUAGGUCAGUCAUGGAAGAGAAGUACCUGAGAAACUAACAGCCAUUGCAGCAGCUGCAGUGUGGAUCAUGUAAUGCCUGUGUUACAGUGUCCUUACAAUUUUUAAUUGUUACAUGUGGGCCACAUUUCGACCUUCCUGGUGAAAAUUGUGUAUGCAUGUAGAGUCGCGCUCAAUAUGACUCGCUAUCGCUUAUUUCCACGACUAAACGCAGUCCUUACACGUGCAGAUGAUCCCAAAUAAGAAAUUACCAUUUAGUUGCGGAAAUCAGCGCAAAUUGAAGCCGUGCGCAAUCUUUGAACUCGUGAGGCCACUCGCUCCCAUGUUACAAGUCAUAUUUAGUGCGACUGUACAUAUGUAUAUAUUUCUUGUACGGACACUGCUGCUUAGACUCCUCGUUUGAGAUACAAAGUCCUUAUACGUUGUUUAUGCCAAAAUGUCUCUUCCUUUAUCUGUUGGUGUUUUGCAAACAAAUUGGGCAUUAGUUUAUGGUCACUUUUUGGACCAACCUAUAGAGCAUCCUAAUGAAUGCACGAAAGAAUGUUUGAUAGAUUGAUGCAAUGUCUGGGCAUAUGUGAGUUAGUUGUGUAUUCUUUAUAAAAAAAAAAGGUCUUG